GAGAAGUCGCGAGCUGCAGCUUUCCCCGCUGAGUCAAAACCUGACAGUGCGCAAUUUUCCGUGACUCUUUUCUGCUCGUCACGGCUUUUCAAAACUAACAUUUUAAACCCACAGUUAUUUUUAGUCAUCUACGUCAAGUUUGUGUUUGUUAGAUUUUCCCUCAACCUUCAGUCUUAAAACCUUAAUUUACGGUCCUCCUCACUGCUGUGCGUACUGCUCAUCUGUCGAGAAGCACCGCCUUCUUCUCCCGUAGUGGUGGAACUAUAUUCUCGAUCAGUAUGACACAUUUUUCAGGAUUUGCGCGAAGGUUCCAAAUGCUCCAGUUCUUCACUGAGAUGUUCUCCUGAGUUAAAGUUCACAUUUAGACAAAGGCUUUCCUGAGAAUUAUUCACCUGACAACUCAUAAUGGCUUCCAAUAUAAUUGUGGAGCAGCAGUUCUCUCACAAAUUCACAGUGACGGUGGUUCGAGCCGAGAGUGUCACCAAGGGAGCGCUGGGGGACCUGUUGGACACCCCAGAUCCCUAUGUGGAGCUGUUUAUCCCAACGGCCCCAGAGAGCAGGAAGAAGACCAAGCACAUAGACAAUGACAUCAACCCAAAAUGGAACGAGACCUUCCACUUCAUAUUAGACCCCAACCAGCACAACAUCCUGGAGUUAACAUUAAUGGACGCCAAUUAUGUGAUGGAUGAGACACUUGGGACGGCGACCUAUGACAUCACCAAGCUCAGCAUUGGCCAGACAAAGAUGGAGUCUUUCCUCAUUGGCAAAGCAACCAAAGUGUACUUGGAGAUGUCGCUGGAAAUCUGCACCAAACUGGAUCUGCGGUUCAGCCUGGCCCUGUGUGACAAAGAGAAGCAGUUCAGACACACCCGCAGAGAGAGAGUGAUGCUGGGCAUCAAGAAGCUGCUAGACAUGGAGAAGCCUCGUUUUCUCCCCAGUUCUCCGGCAGAGGUGCCAGUCAUAGCCAUAGCGGGCUCAGGAGGCGGUUUCCGUGCCAUGGUUGGCUUCUCAGGUGUGAUGAAAGCCCUGUUUGAGUCUGGGGUCCUGGAUUGUGCCACAUAUGUCGCCGGCCUCUCAGGAUCCACAUGGUACAUGUCUACUCUGUACUCACACCCAGACUUUCCAAAUAAGGGCCCAAAGGACAUCAACCCUGAACUGAUGAAGAGAGUUAGCAGUAACCCACUGAAGCUGUUGCUGCCCCAACACAUCACUAACUACAUCCAGGCCCUCUGGUCCAAAAAGGCUUCAGGGCAGCCUGUUACCUUUACCGAUAUCUUCGGUAUGCUCAUAGGAGAGACGCUUAUACCUGCGAGGAUGGACAUCAAACUGAGUGACAUCCAGGAGAAAAUAAACCAGGCUCAGAGUCCUCUUCCUCUGUUUACAUGUCUGCAUGUGAAGCCAGAUGUUUCUGAGCUCAUGUUUGCAGACUGGGUGGAGUUCAGCCCGUAUGAAAUUGGGAUGGCAAAGUACGGCACCUUCAUGACCCCCGACUUGUUUGGUAGCAAGUUCUUCAUGGGAACUGUCGUCAAGAAAUAUGAAGAGAACCCUCUUCAUUUUCUGAUGGGUGUGUGGGGCAGCGCCUUCUCCAUUCUGUUCAACAGAGUGCUGGGAGUCAAAGACACAGCUGGUGGCAGCACCAUGGAGGAGGAGUUAGAGCAGAUUAAACCACAGCACAUCGUCGGAGAAGACAUUCUGGACAAUGACGAUGAGCCACGUAAAGGUGGGACAGAGAGCCAGGAGGCAGAAGACGAGUACCAUCGCACAGCUAAGGCUAGCUGGGGUGAACGAAUGUUCACAUCGCUCUUCAGUGACACAUCCUUAUUUAACACAAGAGAGGGCCGGGCUGGGAAGGUGCAUAACUUCAUGCUGGGCCUGAACCUGAACACCAGCAUGCCGUUCUCUCCGACCACUGAGGUGCUGUGCCAUGCUCCUACACCUGAGGAGGAGGUGGAUGCUGUCACAGACCCAGAUGAGUUUGAUCGUAUUUACGAGCCCCUGGAUGUGAAGAGCAAGAAGAUCCAUGUAGUGGACAGCGGCCUGACCUACAACCUUCCGUACCCUCUCAUCCUGCGGCAGCAGCGCACGGUCAACCUAAUCAUCUCCUUCGACUUUUCUGCAAGACCCAGCGACUCCAGCCCUCCAUUCAAGGAACUCCUUUUGGCAGAAAAGUGGGCUCGGAUGAACAAGCUUCCAUUCCCCAAGAUCGACCCUAAAGUCUUUGACCGCGAGGGCCUGAAGGAAUGCUACGUCUUCAAACCAAAAAAAGGCGAAAAGAACUGCCCGACUGUCAUCCACUUUGUCCUGGUCAAUAUCAACUUCAGGAAAUUCAAGGCACCUGGUGUUCCCAGAGAGACAGAGGCGGAGAAGGAGUUGGCUGAUUUUGACAUCUUCGAUGACCCUGAGUCACCAUUCUCCACCUUUAACUUCCAGUACUCCAACGAGGCCUUCACCCGACUGCAUGACCUCAUGGAGUUCAACACUCUCAACAACCUGGAGGUGAUUAAAGACGCCAUCAAGGACUGCAUCGUGUCCCUGAAGGAGGAUCCCUCGUGCGUCUCUGUUCCCUUCUCCCUCAGUGCAAUCCCGAAAAAGAAGUAUCUUAAAAGAGAUUCUCGGGCAAAACCUUGGAGCCUCCUGGGAAAUGAUAACCAGUAGCCUGAUGGAAGACUCUGGAUAAAGUGAACUUUAGGGAUUUUUUUUGUAGACUCUUAAAGUAAAGCAUUUUCUUUUUGGAAAACGCCAUCAUGUUGAUCUCUUUUCUGUAUAUUAAUCAUACUCUUAAUUUUUAAAGAACCUCAAUGUUUACUGUUAAAAAGCCUCUUGAUUGCAUUCACAUACAACACAGUGAGAAUUUUUCAUCUGGCUCUAUUUGCACGAGUGCGACUUCUGGGAAAAACUGUUGGUGUUCAUUGACCACAAAGAGCUGAUGUUCAUAAUUCUCUGCUGACUGUGAGAAUGAUGUUGAAAAUCAGCACUUACUAAACACUGCAGUGGGACUUGAUUGUUACAGCAAACAUCUGGCUCCAUCACAAACAACAGGAUACUGUGAUCCCAUCUCUUUUGUUUUUACAUUAACUGAGAAUCCCAAACUAUGAUAUCUCUUAGUUCUUCACGAGUGAUGAUUGUCCUCGUGAGAUCCACGUGUUCAUUCACUUCUCUUAAAUGCAUAAUGUGAGAUUUCUGCUCCAGUUACAACAUUCCCAAUUCAUGUGGACACCUUUUGCUUUCAGUUCUUGCUGCAUUUGCAUCUUUCCUGUGACUAUUUAUGCUGCCAUUUUAGAAUUUUCCUUGGAGCUGUGUGAACGUGCUGUUAAGCCUCACCUGUACCUGUAAAUGUUUAUUAGCUGAACUCUUUCCAUACUGACUACCGAGCAUGCAAAUUACUGUGUUUUUGUUUUUUUCUCCGGAUGGCUCGUCUAAACACGUAAUCCUGUUUGAAAACGUGGAGCACGUAACCAUUGCUUUUGUUUGAUGGCAACUCCUAAACACGCCAAGUGCACCCCCUCUGGAUACCUCAAACAUCUCAAUGAUGCUUACCCACCUACAUGGUAAGAGCACUCCCUGCUUCCCGGUAGGGAGUGUCUCAUAUUAAAGCCACCAUUUUGGAAAAACAAAACCUGAUGCCAUAGAAACAGCCCUACUUCUUCUCUCCUUCUUUCUUUCUCUUUAUCUCUAGGUGUGUUGAUUUUCCUGAUCAUGUUGUUUCAGACUGCCUUUUAGAUACCGCAACAGUUGUUUUUCUCAAGCCAUUUCCUCCUGCAGCAAACCCAGCUCGCUACAGAACGCCCCAAAUGCCCCACUGCAAUAAAGUGGAGCUUGGGUCAGGUUGGGUGGAGGUGGCGAGUGUGAUCAGGAGACCCGCUCGCCACUGAAAACGAUGUCUCUCUGCAGCACACAGUGGAAUUUUACACACUACACCUACACCUGCAGCAGUGGAGGCCUGGAAUCUGACACACUACACCUAUACCUGCAGGGGCCCAAAGGCUGCACACAGAGCAGUGGAAUUUUACACUGAAGCACUUCCAACCCCUCUAUGCUCAUGUUUCAGCCCCUGCUGUUUUGGAAGAAAAACAAACAAACAAAAAAAGGCGUUCUGCAGUCAUGCUUCAAGGAUUCAUGACCCACAAACUUUUGCUACUUGCCUUUGUGAUGAUAUUUCAACAGAUGAUUUGUGUCUGUUUUUGCAUGUUAACAGCAAUGUCUUCUGUAAAGAAAUGUUUAUUCGCUCUCUUUUUUUUGACACCACUCUUUUAUCUAUCUGUUACAUAAAGAGCCAAAGUCAUGAUGUCACAUCACUA